GACUUUGCAAAUCCCUGCACCAAGAACAAGUUAAGCUCCACUAGAAUGGGGAUUCAUAAAUUCUACACUCCUUUUGUCUUUCUAGUACUCUACAUGUUUUGUCUAUUGGUCAUCACAGCAACUGCAAGUUCCCAUUGGCAUGGCAAGAGACCAAAGGCUAAACAAAACUGGUUGAAUCAUGGUGGAGAUUUGCAUAAUAGAAGAUAUGCAAACAAGGAGACCAAAAUCAGCCCUACAACUGUUUCCAAACUACGUCUAAAGUGGAAGUUCUUUGCAGGUGAUGAUAUAUCAGCAACACCAGCAAUUUUCAAUGGUACCCUUUAUUUCCCAAGCUAUAAUGGCAAUAUCUAUGCUGUCAAUGCAUGUAAUGGGACUCUUGUUUGGGAGAAGAACUUGCAUGAGUUGACUGGCAUUAAUGCGACCGGGUUUGUACCCACUCUCACCUACAUAGUUUCAAGAUCAACGCCGACGAUAGUUGGUGAUCAUGAUCUCCUCAUUGUUGGAAUCUAUGGGCCAGCUGUUGUUAUUGCUGUUAAAAGAUCAACUGGGGAGCUUGUUUGGUCAACACAACUUGAUAACCAUGCCGCAGGACUCAUCACCAUGUCUGGAACUUAUUACAAAGGGGGUUACUAUGUUGGUACAUCUUCACUAGAAGAACUCCUUGGCAUCGGACAAUGCUGCACCUUUCGUGGUAGCUUAUCCAAAUUAGAUGUUCAUUCUGGCACCAUUUUAUGGCAAACUUUUAUGUUGCCUGAUAACCAUAACAAAAUUGGAGGAUAUGCUGGAUCUGCUAUAUGGGGAAGUAGCCCCUCCAUUGACAUUACAAGGAAGCAUGUCUACAUUGCCACCGGGAACUUAUACUCAGCUCCCUUAAAUGUAACCCAAUGUCAACAAAAGGAGAAUAAUCAAACGGUACCAACUCAUCCAGAUCAAUGUGUUGAGCCUGAUAACCACUCCGAAUCAAUCCUAGCACUUGAUCUAGAUACUGGCAAGAUAAAAUGGUUUCACCAACUAGGAGGCUAUGAUGUGUUUUUUGUUGCAUGUAACAAUCUUUCAACCGCUAAUUGCCCACCUGGUCCAGACCCAGAUGCUGAUUUCGGUGAGGCACCUUUAAUGCUAAGUGUAAAGAGGAAUAAGACCAAACUAGAUAUUGUUGCUGCUGUUCAGAAAAGUGGAUUUGCUUGGGCUUUGGAUCGCAAUAAUGGAAGCCUCAUAUGGGUUACACAAGCUGGACCGGGUGGCUUUACUGGAGGGGGUAUUUGGGGAGCAGCCACUGACAAUAAAAGGUUGUACACAAACAUUGCUAACUCGGAUGGCAAGAACUUCACUCUCAAACCAUCUGCAAUAAACACCACCGCCGGUGGAUGGGUCGCGAUGGAAGCUGAUAGUGGCAAAAUCCUAUGGUCCACUGCCAAUCCUAGCAAUGCCACUGCUGCAGGUCCUGUAACUGUGGCAAAUCAUGUGCUCUUUGCUGGAUCCACACAUCCAAAAGGACCCAUAUAUGCAAUGAACGCUAAAACUGGAGAAAUUCUAUGGUCCUAUGAAACAGGAGCUACUGUGUAUGGGGGCAUGUCAGUGAGUGAUGGAUGUGUAUAUCUUGGUAAUGGAUAUAGAUCCCCAUCCUCCACUCAUGGAACAUCACUCUUUGCCUUUUGCCUCUCUUAAUUACUCUUUGAGUAAUCUUUAAAUAAAUUGAUAGGCCAUUUAAUAAAUUAUGAGGCAUGUAAUUGUCAUUUUCAAUUGACCCUAGAAAUCAAUAUAUCUAAAAGAUGAGACAUCACAUUUAUUAUUUAUAAUUGCUAUGGUUCUGUUAAGUCACAUCAGUAUAGUUUUUUGGUCCAAUUUAGUUCACUUCGGUCCAUUCGGACUCAUUCGGUCCAUUCUAGUCAAUUUCAGUCCACUUGGUCCAAUCGGUCCAUUCAAUUCA